AUGGAGAAUUGGAAUUUGAUUAGAUAAGAAUGCAAACAACAAUCAGAAUCUGUUAUUGCUUAUUUAUUCUAAAGAUUCCCAAGCCUCCGAAACAUACUUAAGAGUUAAAUUUUAAACACUUUACCUAAUUCCUAUUUAAUAUGCUAUGUUUUAGACAAUUGUACUCCUAUAGGUGAUGGUGCAUUUGCUCUUAAUCUAAAAGCAUUAAAAGGGAUUAUAAUAGCAGAACCAGAAAAGAGAUUGUUUCUUGAAAAAGAAUUCUAUGACCAAAGAUUAAAAAAUAGAAAGAUCAAACAUGUUUUUGCACUUACAUAAUAAAAUAAAAGGGUUAAUACAGGAAAUGAUUUUUAGGUAGAUAAAAUUAAAUUGGAUGAAUUAACUUAUAUGCUUGAUUAAACUAAUUUUAUUUUUAUCUGUGGUCCAUUUGGUUGUGGCAAAACAACAUUACUUAAAUAUUAUUUUGAGUUUCAUAAAUAAAAAGAAUUAACAUUAUACAUGGAUGAAACCAUUGAUUUCUAAUCUUUGGUGGGUUAAUUUGUAUGUACUGAAUAAAUUGGAGUAUUUACACAUAAGGCUGGACCUUUAUUGUUUUGUGAAAAUAUUGGAGCUUAUUUAGUAUUGAAAAAUUAUUCAGAAACUAGUGAAGAUUUCAAACAACAAUUAAGAAGAGCUUUAUAAUUAAAAUAUGUUGAAGUAAAUGGAUAAAAAAAGGAAAUAUCGAAUUUGAAAGUUAUUGCAUUAUAAAAAGAUAUAAUUGAAGAUGAGUAUGUAUUAACUAUGGAAGCAGUUAGUUUUGAUAAACUUAAAUAAAUAAACUGCAGAUAUUUUAAAGAAAUUCUUGAAUGGUAUUAAAAUAGUUAAUAAAAAUUUGAUUUGAAAGAUUUAUAUAAAUUAAAAAAUAGGUUUUAAUAUCAUCUAAAAGAUUAUGAAGAUUAAAUUUAUAUUCCUGAAUAAGUAAGAGUUAAAUUAUGUUUGGAAUGUUGGGAGGUGUUAAAAAUAGAUUUAUCAUAAGUGUUUUAAUUAGAUUAAUUAAGACAAACAACUUUAUUAUAGAGAUAUGAUAAUUACUUAGAAUUUAGUAAAUUAGGUUAGAUAGAAAUAAAAGAAGAUUGUUAAUCGUUGAUUGUAUAUAACUAAUAUUCAAGCAGAAUAUUAGAAUAAAUAAUGACAUGUAUAUUGAAUGAUGAAGCAUGUCUUUUAGUUGGUGAUACAGGAUGUGGUAAAACAACAUUAACUUAGCAUUGUGCUUAAUUAUUAGGAAAGAAAUUACAUAUUUAUAAUUUAUCAGAAGGAUCAGAUUGCUAAGAUCUUAUAGGUGGAUUUAGACCAUUAAAUUAAGAAACAUUAAUUAAAAUAAAUUAUACAAAGUUUCUUAAAUAUUUUACAAGAACAGUCGAUAGUAAAAAGAAUUAAUAAUUUAUAAAUUCACUUUAAAAAUUAUAUGUUACAAAGAAGUUUAAUAUGCUUGUAAAAUGUAUGAUAGAAACUACAUAAUAAUGUUUAACAAAAGUUAAUGAUAAUAAAUUAAAGGAGAAAAUGAAUAAAUUAUUAAAAAAUCUAAGAAGUUCAGUAUAAGAAAUGAGUUUUUAUUUUUUAACUGGUAAUUUUAUAAAAGCCAUGUAAAAGGGAGAUUGGGUUUUGAUAGAUGAAAUAAAUUUAGCAAAUAAUGAAUUAUUAUAAAAAAUAUUGCCAGCAAUAGAAAAAACUUAAUUAUUAUUUUAUGAGAGAGGAGAUGAGAAUCCAAUAAAAAUUCAUCCAAAUUUUAGAAUAUUUGGUUGUAUGAAUCCUGGUACAGAUGUUGGAAAGAAAGAAUUACCAGUAAAUAUAAAGAAUAAGUUCAGUACAAUAUUUUGUCAUGAAUUGUUAGAUAAAUAAGAUAUAAUAGAUUUUAUUAAAGGUCUUAUUGGUCAUUCAUUUGAUGUAAUAAAAUUAGCAGAUUUAUAUUUAAAUUUAAAAGAGAUAUGUAAAAAGCAUUAAUUUAAUUUAUAAACAUUUUCAUUAAGAAAUUUAGCAAGAGCAUUACAUUAUUUUAGAAAUUCAAAGUCAAAAAGUUAAAAUUUAGCAAUGUUUAAUGGUUUAUGUUUAGCAUUUGGUAGUGGAUUAGGAAAAGAUUCUUAAGAUUUAUUUAAUUAAUAAUUAUAAUUAAAUGGAUUAGAUUAUAAAUAAUUUACUCCAUAGAUAUAAUAAUAAAAUUAUAGAAUAUUAGAUUAAUAUAUAGAGAUAUAUGGAUUUUAAUUACCUCGAGGAUAAGAAUAACCAAUAUCACCAGAUAAAUGUGAAUAUUUAAUAACACCAAGUAAUUUUGGUUAUUUAUUAUCUUGUUUAAGAUGUAUAUCAGGAACAGGUAUACCAAUAUUAUUAGAGGGUCCAACAAGUGGUGGUAAAACUUCAUUAAUAUAUUUUAUUGCUAAAAUUUGUGGUCAAAGAUGUCAUAGAAUAAAUAAUCAUUAAAAUACAUAAUUAGAAGAAUAUUUUGGUACUUAUAGUUAAGUAGGUAAUAGUAUAUAAUUUGUUGAUGGAUUAUUAAUUACUGCAAUGAGAAAAGGAGACUGGAUAAUAUUAGAUGAAUUAAAUUUAGCUAGAAGUGAAAUUUUAGAAAAUCUAAAUAGAUUAUUAGAUGAUAAUUAAGAAUUAUUUUUACCAGAAACAUAAACUACUCUUAAACCACAUCCAGGAUUUAGAAUUUUUGGAACAUAGAAUCCAGUAACUUAUAGUGGUAGAAAAUAAUUAUCAAAAGCAUUUAGAAAUAGAUUUAUUGAAAUUUAAGUAGAAGAAAUCUCUACUGAAGAUUUAACAAAUAUUCUCAAAACAAGAUGUUAAUAUCUUCCUGAAACACAUAUUCCUUUAGUUAGAUCAACUUAAGUUUAAAUUAAUCUAUUUAGAGCUAGUGAAUCAUUAUUUAUGGGUAUGGUUACAUUAAGAGAUCUUAUUAAAUGGGGAAAUAGAAUGAAAAAUGCUGGAAGUGGUAAAGAAUCUACUGCUAUGGAAGGUUAUUGUUUAAUUGUUGAAAGAGUUAGAGAUUUACAAUUAAGAAAACAAUUAUAAACUAUUAUUGAAACUAUUUUUAAAGUUAAAUUGCAUCCUGAAUAAUACUAUUAUGAUGUACUUAAAAAUAGUGGUUUAAUAGAAUUUAGUACUAAAUAUAAUAUUUAAUGGAAUCAAUCUUUUAUUAGAAUGACUGCUUUAACUUUAAAAUCUAUAUAAAAUAAUGAGCCUGCUUUAUUAGUAGGACCUCCAGGAAUUGGAAAAACUACUCUAACUACUAUUAUUGCUGAUAAAUUAAAUUUAUAAAAUUAGCAUAUUGUUUGUCAUUAAUAUUUAGAAUUAUCUGAUUUUGUUGGGGCUUUAAGACCAUCAAGAGAUUCAAAUUCAAAUAGUCCUUUUUAAUUUUAAGAUGGUCCAUUAUUAAAAUGUUUUAAAGAAGGUGGAGUAUUUUUAAUUGAUGAAGUAAAUAUGUGUCCAGAAAGUGUAUUAGAAGGAUUAAAUUCAUGUUUAGAAUAACCAGCUACAUUGACAGUUAAUGAUUAAUUUUAUUAAGCUCAUAAAACAUUUGUUAUAAUAGCAGCAAUGAAUCCAUCAGGUGAUUGGGGAAAAAAAGAAUUAACUCCAGCAUUAAGAUCACGAUUUACUGAAAUUUUUGUAUUUAAUCCAUUAUCUAAAAAUGAGAUGCACUCUAUUGUAUAAUAAUUUGAAUAAUUACAUUGUGAUACAAUUUGUGAUACACUUCUUGCUCAUGAAGAUAUGACAUUUAGAGAUCUAUUAUAAAUAGUUGAACAUAUAAAAAAUUUAAGAAUAAAAGGAUUUACUGAUGAAUAAAUAAUUAUUUAAGAAUCAAUAGAUUUUGCACUUGAUUAAGUAUCUUAAAUAAGAAAUAAUUUAUAUUCAAAUAUGGAACUUGAAUCAACAUAAUUAAUUCCUGAAAUAAAUGCAUAUAAAUUAUUAAGAGCUAUAAAUAUUCAUAAUAAACCAAUUAUGAUAUAGGGACCAUAAUAAUGUGGGAAAACACAUAUAAUUUAAUAUUUUGCUAAAUUGAAAGGAAUUAAAUGUGUAAAAAUAAUAUUUGAUGAAUAAUCUGAUUUAUAAGAAUUAUUAGGUACUGAUUAACCUAAUAGUAGUUUGGAUCAAAUUUCUAAAUUAGUAGGAUAUUAAGUAUCAUCUGAAUAAUCAAAUGGUUAAUUUAGAUUUGUACCUGGUCCACUUCUUGAAGGUUUAAAAAAAGGUUAUUGGGUUAUUUUAAAAAAUUUAAAUCUUGCACCAUAAAACGUUUUAGAAGGUUUAAAUUCUAUUUUAGAUCAUAGAAGAGAGAUUUUCAUACCAGAAUUAGGUUAAAUAAUAUAAGUACAUUAAAAUUGUAAAUUAUUUGCUAUUUAAAAUCCUAUGACAUGUGGAGAAGGAAGAAAAGGAUUACCUUUAAGUUUUUUAAAUAGAUUCAUUAAAAUAGAAUUCUAAAAAUAUUCUGAAGAAUUUAAAUUAUAGAUAUGCCCAUCUAUAAAAUUACCAUUGGGUGCAUUAAAUUUAUAUAAUCUUUUAUCUUUCAAUGAAUAAUUAAGAGAUAAAUUAUUAAUUAAUUCAACAAAUGAUUAAAUAACAUCAAAUCAUCUUGAUUCUACACUUUGGGCUUAAUAAAGAAUUCAUUUUAGUGAUUUGAUUAAUUCAGUAUCUCAUUUAAGAUCUCUAUUAAUUAUAGGAGAUAAAUAAAUUGGAAAAAAGUAUCUAAUUGAAAGAGUGGCUAAAUAUUGUAAUUAAUAAUUAGUUAAUAUAUUAUUAAGUAAAUAAACGGAUUCAAUGGAAUUAUUAGGUUAAUAUGUAUAAGGAGAUUAAGAUUCAUUGUUUAAAUGGUAAUUUAGUAGAUUAGUUGAAGCUGCUAUUAAUGGAGAAUGGGUUUUAAUAGAUUCACCAAGUAGAGAAUUAUUUCCUAAAUUGAACUAAUUUAUAGAAGAUGAUCAUUUUACAUUAUUUGGAAUAGAUAUUCCUAUUAAUAAUAAAUUUAAAAUUUUUAUUACUACAGAAUAACUAAAUUUACAUCAUAGUGUUAAAUUAUAUUUAUAAAUGAAUAAUACUCUUUAAUUUUAAUUGUCAUAUUAAUAAGAUAUAAAAAGUAUUAUUUAUUAAGAUUUUGAAGAAUUGUAUGAUCAUCGUGAAAUUAUUUUAUAAUACUUUUCAAAAUACAAUAAUCUUUCCCCAUAAAUUUAAAUUAAAAGAUUAUUAUAAAAAUUACGAAUAUCAAUUGAAUCUAUACUAUUAACAUAAGGUGUGAUGAGCCAGUAUGAAAUUUAAUUAUUAUGCAAUUAAACUUUUCUAAAUUAAGAUAAUAUAUAAAGUUCAAAUCUUUAAUAGAGCCUUAUUGAUUUUAAUAUUCUAUUCAAAAUUGAUAAUCCAAUUAUUGAAAUUAAAGAUUGUAUAUAAUAAAAUGAGAACCCUAUCAAUAUUAAUUAAAUACACAAUUAAUCUUUAAUUAAGAGAAUAAUUAGAGAACAUAAUAAUAUUUAUUUAGAAUAUUUUAGUUAUUGUGAAUAAUCAAUACUUCAAUAACAAUUUCAUGUUAUUUUAUCUUAAAAUCUUUAAGCUUUCAAGGAAAACUCAUUUAAACUGAAAGAAUCAUCUAAUAUUAUUAUACCAGAAUUAGGUACUACAAUUGAAGGUUUAAUUUAAUCUAUUGUUAAAUUAAAAUUACUUUAAUAAUUAGUUACCAUUCUUUAACAAUAAAAUAUAAAUUAUAAUGAUGUUAAAUUAUAUGAAUUUAUGCUUAGAUAAAAUAAAUUAGAUUUUUAGUAAGACAAUGAUUUAUAAGAUAAAAUGAUUAAGACAAUAGAGGAUUGGAAUAAAUAAGAAAUAUAUGAUUAUAUCAUUUUUGAUAAGAGAAUGCCAAAAAUAACAGAAGAAAUUAUUUUAUUAAAAACUAAAAUAAAUUUAUUGAGUGAAUAAUUAAGAGAAUCAGAAAAUCUUAAAGAGUUUGUUUUAUUGCUUAAAUAAUGUUUAUAAAGUAAACCUUUACCAGCAAUUGAUUCUUGGGUAACCAGUUUAUUAAAAACCUAAGUUCCUAUUCAUUUUAAUGAAUUUCCUCUAAUUUCUGAUAAACUUAGUAUUUUGAAUCAUUAUAGAUUAUACUUAAAUAAAGAAGUUAAUUUUGAAAAUAAAUUAAAUAUCGAUAUUUAUUAAUUGCAAACACUCUUUAAUUAUUAGAAAACUGAUUUAAUACAUUAGGAUCUUAAUUUUGUUUUAAAAUAUGUUUAACUUUAUGUUGAUUAUUUGUAGAUUGAUCCAAAAGUCUAUUCUAAUCCAUUAAAGAUUUGUGGAAGUGAUGAAAUCUAAACUUAUAUUUAAUAUUUAAAGAAUAGACAUUCUAAAGUAGAUUUGAAUUAGACCUAAUAAAUUUUAUUAUAAGGAUAUUUAUAAGCCUAAUUAUUUGAGCUUCCUUUCUAUAAAUAAUUAUUAAAUCGAUUUUAAUUUUCAAGAUCAUAACAUAUCUUUUAUAAUAAAACUAUUGAAAAAACAAUUACAAUAGAUUUCUUCUAAAAGAUUAUUGACCUUACUGAUGAUGAUCUUAUGAAAUUGUCUUCAAAUGAAAUACAAUUAAUAAUUUUAAAACUUUAUUUAGAACAAUUAGAGUAAGCAUAAAAUGCCUAUUUUGAUUCAUAAUAUCUUCUUAAAGGGUAUUAUUAAGAAAAAAACUAGCAAUUAAAUGAAUUAUUAUAAUCAACUAAACAGAAAGUUGAAUUAAUCUAAGAAAGAUUAUUUAUAAGAGAUUCUAAUUAAUCUAAUUUAGAAGCUACUAUGCAAUUUAUUUAAGAUUUAAAAUAAGCUUUACAAACAAUAAGCAAAAAUAUGAAUAAAUCUUAUAUUGAGGCUUGGAUUGUUUAAUCUUAUGAUAAAUAUUAUUAUGGUUUUAAAGAUUUUCUUUAACCAAUUUAUGAAUCUUUAAUGUUUAUUGAAUUUCCAAUAGAACCAUCUGCCAAUCUAAUAAAUAGUGGAUUUAAAUAUUAAUUAUAAAGAUUAAAGGGAUAAAGUUUUAUUACAUUUUCAGAUUAAUAAUUAAUUAGUCAAGAAGAGAGAGAUGUCUUUAAAAUGGAUGAUGCUAAAAUGUAUAUUUUAUUAAGUAGAAAAAUUAAAGGAUUAGUUGUAGAAUAGUAUAAUGAUAACACUGUAGAGAAUGAAUAGAAGUAAUUAGAAUAAUAAUUAAAAAAAGAGUUAAAUUAAUAUAGAGAAGAAUUAGAAUAAGUUGGAAAAGUAACAACUGAAGAAUUGAAACAUAAUGUAAGAGAAGAAUUAAGUUAAUUAGAUAUUUUAAGUAAAGAAUUUUUAGAAUAUAUUUUGGAAUUAGAAUGUUUAAAUAAGAAUCCUUUAAUUAUAACAAAAAUGUUUGGACGAUUUAUUUAGCCAACUUUGUAAAUUUCUGAUGAAAUACAUAUAGAUGCAUUCUUAUAUAAGUUUUAAUUCAAUAAAUUAUAAAAUGUAUAUAAAUAAACUGAUUAAGAUGAAAUAGUUAAAGCAACUGAUUUAUUAAUGAAUAUUUUGAUAAAAAUAAAGUAAAUAUAAGAGGAUGAUUUAUUUGCAGAAAAUGAAGUAAUCUAAAGUAUGGGAACAUUUAUAGUUCAUUUAUUAAAAUAGAAUGCUUAUUCAACUCCUUUAAUAAAGCUGAUAACUGGAAUUGAAUUACUUUUAGAGAAAAUAGAAUUGUGGGAUAAAACAGUUCCAAAAGAAUAUAAAUUAUAUGGAUUUGAAUUACAGAAUAUUGUUAUAAAAUGGAGAAAAAUUGAAAGAGAUGGAUGGAAAUACAUAUUAGCUAAUAAGAUUUAAGAACUUUGGUGUGUUGAAAGUAUUAUAUUAUUUAAAUUGUUAAGAGAUUUAUCACAUAACUCACUUAAGACAUAUUUAAAUGAAUGUGAUAUAGGAGUAUUUGAAAUAAGAAUAAUUAUGCUUAGAUAAAUACUUUAAUAUGUAAAUUAAACAUAGAGAUAAUUAAUAUCUUAACAUAUUGAAUAAAGUUCAAUAUUUGUAGAUACAUAUAAUUAAUAGUUAGGAUCAACUGUUUAAGGAUAUAUUAAGGAAGUAGCUGAAUAUCGUAAAUUAGUAAGUUGGGAAUCCAAAAAUUAUAUAAUUGUAUAAUAAACAUCACAUAAAAUGCAUGGAAAAUUAAUUAAAGUUUAAGGUAGAUUUAGAUCUUAUUUGAAUGAAAAAUUGUAAAAACUUGUUAUUAAAACUCAAUUAUAAGAUGAAUUUACUGAUUGUAUAGAAGGAUUCUUAUUAAAAUCUAAAUAAUUUUAAUAAAAGCCUUAAAUAUCUAAAUCAUUCUAUUAGUUGCUUUAAAAUAUAAUUGAACAAAGUUUAGAGAGAGUUAAGAAUUUAAAAGAUUAAAAAUCUAAUUCAAAAUUAGCUGCUUUAAAAAACUUUUAGGAAUAUAUAAGUACAUUAUUGGGAUUAAGAAUGCAUUAAACAUAUAAAGAAGAUAAUCAUUUAUUAUAAAAUGAAGCUCAUCCUUUAAUUUCAAAAGCUUCAUUUUAUUACUAUAAAGCAAUAUCUGUUAUGGAAUAAUCAGUUUUAUAAAUAGGGAAAUUUGUACCUGCAGAAUAUUCAACUAAAUCACUUUCUCUAAUAUUAGAUUAUAUUAGAAAGUUGAAUCAUUAAUUUAAAUUAAUUAGACCAUUAAUUAAAAAUGAAAAUGAGACAAUUAUAAAGAAAAUUUAAAUUGUUCCAUAAGAUUAUUUAAAUUGUUUUAAAGAAACUGAUAUUUAUGAAUAAUUAAAUGAUUUUAAUAUAAAAUAAGAUGAAUAAUCUUUAGCAUUAUUACUUGCUUUAAUUGAAUCAAAGUUUCGUAAUUAUAAUGUUAAAUAUGAAAGUUUAUACCACAUUUUAAAAUAAUUAUAUGAUUAUUUAUCAUCAUUAAAGAUUAAUUCUAUAAAUUAGAAUAUAGAGAAUUAAGAAAAAUAACAAAUAAAUUAAGAAAAGAUAUAAAUAGUAUAUGCAAAAUAUAUAAAGAAUCUUGAAUAAGAAGAAAAUUUAUUAGCUGGAGAAAUUAAAAUAUUAAAUUCAUUCAAUAAACAUGGAAUUGAUUAAUAGAAAUUAAAUUUAAUAAUAAAGAAUUUAGAAUAUAGUUGUAAAUUUUUAUAUUUUAUGACGAGUAUACUAUGUAAUAUAAUAGUUUAAGGAUUUUGUUAAAAAGAAGAAGAUUAGGAUGAAAAUGGAGAAGAAAAUGCAGAAAAUUUUUAAGCAGGAACAGGUAUUGGAGAAGGAAAGGGAGAAUAGAAUGUUACAAAAGAAAUUGAAUAUGAAGAAUAAUUAUUAGGAGAAUAAAAAUAAUAAUAAUAAUAAUAAUAACCUGAAGAAGAAGAAUAAGAAUAAGAUAAAGAAAAAGAUAAAAAUGAAGAUGCUUUUGAUAUGAAGAAUGAUUUUGAUGGUUAAAAUGAAGAAUAAAAUAAAGAUGAAGAGAAUGAAGAAUAAGAAUAAGAAUAAGAAAAGAAUUCAAUGGAUGAAGGUUUUUCAUCAGUAAAUGAAGAUAAUGAAGAUAUGAAAUAAUAUUAAGGAAGUGAAGAAGAUGAGGAUGAAUAAGAUGAAUAAAAAUCAAAUAGAAAGAAAUCAGAUAUAGAAUUUAAUGCUGAUGAAGAAAAAGAUGAUAAAAAAAUAUAAGCAAAAGAAGAAAGAGAAUAAAAGUAAAAUAAUUAAAAAAGAAAUAUGAAAGAUUUAAAUGAAGAUAGUCAUGAUUUAAAUAGUUAGAUGGAAUAAGAAGAAUAAGAUGGAGAAGAUGAUAAUGAAGAAUCAAUGUAAGAAUCAGGAGAAGAUCUAAAAGAUUAUGCAGGAAAAGGUGGAGAAUAAUUAGAAUCUAUGGAUGAAGAAAAUAUUGAAGAAUUAGAAAAUAAUAAUAAUAAUUCAUAAAAUUAAGAUAAUAUAAGUAUGAAUGAAGAAUCAAAUUAGAAUCCAGAUCAAAUGCCUAUAGAAGAAGAUAUUAAAUUUGAUGAACCUAAUAUGGAAUAAGAACCUGAAAAAUAAGAUAUUAAUGAAGAUAUUAUGUAAAAAUAACCUGAAGAAUUAGAAAAAUAAGAUAAUCAUAAUAUGGAAUAAGAAGAUCAAAAUUAAAAUUAAUUAUUCACUAAUUAAAAAGAUAUUGAAGAUUAAUUAAAUGAAUAAGCAUAAGAUUAAGGAUAAUAAGGAGAAGAAGGUAAUCAAAAUAAUGAAGAUUAAGAUAAAAAAUAAUAAGAAAAAGAUAAUAAGAAUUAAAAAUAAAAAGAAUAAGGAGAAAAAGGUGGAGAUUCAAAGUUAGAAAUAAUCAAAAAGUUAUUUGAUGCAUUAGAAUAACACUUAACAAAAGAAGAUAUGGAUAAUUUCAAAAAGGAUCUAAAUGUUCAUGAUAGUGAUUAAGAAGAAAAUGAAAAUGAAGAUGGAUUAUAAGAUAAUGAUUAUAAAAUAUCAAAAGAUUAAAUAUAACAUAAAAGAGAUAAUAUAACUAAUUUACCAACUAAAUUUUAAUAAAAUGAAACUUAAGAAAUGAAAAGAGAAGGAGAAUAGAAUAAAGAAAAAGGAUAAGGUAAAAAUAUGGAUGAAGAAAAAGAAGAUAUAAAUAAUGAAUAAGAAAAAUCAAAUAAUGAAAACGAAAAUAAAAAUUAGAGUAACAAAGAAUUUAUAAUACCUUAACCUAUAGAAAUUGAAAAUAAAAAUAUAAGUGAUAUAUCAAUUGAAGAAUAUAUCAAAUAAUAUUUUAGAUUGGGAUAUGAUGUAAAUGUAGACACUAAUUUAUAAAAAGGAUUAGAAAUGUGGCCUAAAUUAUAAUAGGAAGUUCUUGAAAGUUCUAUUCAUCUUUGUGAAGAACUGAAGUCUAUUUUAAUUGCUACUUAAGUUUCUGCUUUAAAAGGAGAUUAUAAAACAGGAAAAAGAUUAAAUAUGAAAAAAAUAAUACCUUAUAUAGCUAGUAAUUAUAGAAAAGAUAAAAUAUGGUUGAGGAGAACCUAACCAUAAAAAAGAACUUUUUAAAUACUUUUAGCUUUGGAUGAUUCAUUAAGCAUGAGUGAAAAUUAAGUAGGUUAUUUAUCACUUUAGUCUUUAACAUCUUUAUCCUUAGCUUUAUCUAAAAUGGAAGCAGGAUAAAUAGGUAUAGCUAGUAUUCAUGAAGGAAUGAGACUAUUACAUGAUUUUUCUAAGCCAUUUACUUAAUUAGAUUGUCCUCUCAUUUUAGGUUAAUUUAAUUUUGAAUUUGAAUCUAAACAAAGUAGUGAACUAUCUUUAAUGAGAUUUAUGAGAGAAUCAAUAGAUAAAUUUAAAAACAUUAGAGUUUCUAAUGCAUAAUAAAUUUGUUUUAUUAUGUCCGAUGGUAAGUUUAACAAGAAGAUGGUGAGACCUCUAGUGAGAGAAGCUGAAGAACUACAAAUAUUCUAUGUAUUUAUUAUUCUAGAUAGAGAAGGUAUAAUAUUAAUAUAUAAAUUAGAUUAAUCAAUAACAAAUAUCAAGUCUACUCAUUAUGUAACUGUCAAUGAUAAAUAGAAGAUAGAGAUAAGAAAUUAUUUAGAGGAUUUCCCAUUUAGAUAUUAUAUUAUAAUAAAAGUAAAUUGUUUUAUAUAUCAUAGUCUCCACAUGAAUUGAAUCAUGUACUUGUAAAUAUUUUAAGAUAAUACUACUAAUUAUUGGAAUGAAGGCAGGC